AUGGUUAAUGUACUGAUUAAACAUGGCGAAGAAAUUAAAUUUGGUUGGGAAGGGUUUCCAAUUUAUCAUAAACAAACUUUAGAAGAUUCUUUGUUUUUUUUCAAACCUGAUUCUGAAAACGUGAUUGCAAAUAAUGCAAAUAAUAUUAAUGAAGUUUCAUCAUUUAACAACAAUAAUUCAUCUAAUUCUAAUAUGAAAAGAAAUGAUUCAUUAUUUUCAGAUUAUGACGAAUCAAUUGAAAACCAGUCAGAAUUAUUUGAAAAAAAUGACAAUGAUGUUUCUAACAAUGAUGAUGUUUUAGAGAUUAUAAAGAAAGUUAAGGUUAAUGACUCAUUAACUUGGAAUAGUCCGAUGAAAGUUCCAUGUUAUUCAUCUAAUUUAAGGAAUCACCAGUAA